AUGUCGCUCUUCGGCGACGACGACUCGCCGCAGCGCGCAAAGCAAUCGUCGUCGCUCUUCGCCGACGAUGCCAAGGCGGCGGGCAGGGCGGGCAACAGCUUGUUCGCAGACGACGUGGGCGACGACGACUCGCCAUGGGCCUUUCCCACGCCCAAAAAGGCCGGCCGCGAAGCGCUCGUCAAGUCGCUGCUCCCCGCCGGCGACGUGCCCGACUCGUACAUUGACGCCUUCGACGCCCUGCUCGACGCGGGCCACGGCCACGGCAAUGGCGUCAGCAUCGACGGCGUCAAGCAGCUGCUGGCCGACAGCAACAUCGCCGCCCACGCCCAGGCAAAGAUCCUCGACGUGGUGCUGCCCGCGGGCGGCGCCGCCGAGGUGGGCAGGAACGAGUUCAAUGUUGUCUUUGCCUUGAUUGGCCUGGCCCAGGAGCACGAAGACAUCACGCUGGACAGCGUCGACGAGCGCAAGCCGAAUCUCCCCGUCCCCACCGUGUCGCUGCCCCCGUCGCAGUCGCCAAAGGCCCGCGACCCGGUGCCUGUGCCUGCUCCCCAGCAUCCCCACGACCCCCCUCCGCCCACGCCUCCCCCCCAACGCCCGCCGCCCCAGCACACGCACACACACACGCAGCACUACCCCAACGCUGCACCCAAGCCCAGCGCGCCCAUGCGCAAGCAGUCGUUUGGAGACCCCGAGGCCGAUCCCUGGGGCAGCCCCGACCUCCACCGCGGCCACAGUCACGCCGCCGCCGCCGCCAACAACUAUCCCAGUCCGCAGCACCAGACCAACGGCUCCAGCCUUCACGUCGCCACUCGCACAACCAGCCAGUUCACCACACACUCGACGGCCGACUCGUCAAGUCAGCAGCCCGUGCAGCCCAGCUCGUUGGGUAGCGAAGGCGGUUGGGGCGGCUACAAUGGCGGCGCAAACCAGUCAUUCGCCCCUCCCAGUCUAGGAGAAGGGGGCUUCGGCGCUCCAGCACGUCGAGCCGGCGGUGGCUCCAAUGCCCCCCCGGAAAUGGGCACGUCGAUUGGGCGAUUGCCCGGUGCAACGGGAAACGACGAGGUCAUCACCAUCACGGCCCUCUCGGAGAAAGAGGGUGUCUUCAUGUUCCAGCACCGCAACUACGAAGUCGCCAGCUCGAGACGCACAACAAAGGUCGUCCGCCGGUACAGCGAUUUCGUCUGGCUGCUCGACUGCUUGCACAAGCGCUACCCGUUCCGACAACUGCCACUGUUGCCCCCAAAGAGAGUUGGAAUCAACGGCAACCCAAUAGCCGCGGAUGCUACGUUUCUCGAGAAGCGAAGAAAGGGCCUGGCACGAUUCACAAAUGCCCUCGUGCGGCAUCCAGUGCUCAGCCAGGAGCAAUUGGUCGUCAUGUUCCUCACUGUGCCAACGGAACUCGCAGUAUGGCGUAAGCAAGCAAACCUUUCGGUACAGGAAGAGUUUACCGGCAAGCCCCUUCCUCCUGACCUUGAAGAUUCCCUGCCCAAGACUCUCCCCGAGCUCUUCGACACGGUCCGGUCAGGUGUACGACGCAGUGCCGAAACCUACAUUACCCUCUGCAGCAUGAUGGAGCGCCUCUGUCGCCGAAACGAAGGCAUGGCAGCUGAAUAUCUGCGCUUUUCCUCUGCUCUCAGCGGCCUUACCGAAUCAACCCAGGAUACAUAUGCUGCUGAUACAAACGAUGUCCCACUACUAAACGAAGGGCUACUUGCUACCGCCCGCCAUCUCGACUCGAGCAAGCAAUUGCUCGACGACGAAGCAAGAGGCUGGGAAGAAGGCGUGCUGGAAGAUCUUAAGCGCCAAAGAGACACACUUGUUAGUGUGCGAGACAUGUUUGAUCGACGAGACAAGUAUGCCAAAGACAACAUUCCCCACCUGGAAAGGAGAAUUGCAAACAACGAGACCAAACUCAGCAAUAUCCGCAACAAGCCCGACGCCAAGCCCGGCGAGGCGGAGAAGGUUGAAGAAGCUAUUUUCAAGGACAAGGAAUCCAUUGUCCAGCAACACGCGCGCGGCGUCUUCAUCCGCGAAUGCAUCCGCGACGAGCUCCUCUUCUUCCAGAAAUCUCAGUACCACAUUAGUCGUCUGCACCAAGAGUGGGCGCAAGAACGUGUCAAGUACGCGGAGCUUCAGGCGGAUAAUUGGCGGGCGCUGAGUGAAGAGGUGGAGAGCAUGCCUGGUGCAGAGUAA